CCUCUUGACCGCGGGACGUGCUCUCACACCGGCCCCCAGCCCUUUCACCAGCGCCCACCCUCCCGCGGCCAACCACGCGACCCCUCUCGGCGCCCGCUCCGGUGGCCCUGGUGCCUAUGGCGGCCCCCGGUGGCGCCCGGCGGCAGCCGCUGCUCUUGCUGUUCCUCGCAGGCCUUGUGCACAGUGCAUCAGCAUUGUUUGUGGUGAAAGAUGGCAACGAGACAACAUGUAUAAUGGCCAACUUCUCUGCUGAAUUCUCAACCAACUAUAAUACCAAGAGUGGCUCUCAGAAUGUGACCUUCAGCCUGCCACAUAAUGCAGAAGUAUUAAAUAGCAGCUCCUGUGGUAAAGAGAAUGCUUCUGACCCCAGCCUCAUGAUCGCUUUUGGAGGAGGACAUACACUGACCCUCAGUUUUGCAAGAAAUGCAACACGUUACAGUGUCCAGAUGAUGCGUUUUGUUUAUAAUUUGUCAGACACACAGAUUUUCCCCAAUGCAAGCUCCAAGGGACCCAAGACUGUGGAAUCCGCAACUGACAUCAUGGCAGACAUAAAUAAAAAAUACAGGUGUGUGAGCAGCAACCAGAUCCACAUGAAUAAUGUAACUGUCACAUUCCAUGAUGCCACCAUCCAGGCAUACCUUUCAAAGGAUAGCUUCAGCCAGGAAGAGACGCGCUGUGUGCAAGAUGGAUCUUCCCCAACAGUGUUGCCAACAUCUGCCCACCCUUCCACAUCCUCUCCGCACCCUUCGCCUCCCCACCCUUCGCCUCCCCACCCUUCACCAUCCCCAGUGCCUGAGAGCCCCUUGGUACACAAGUACAAUGUGAGCAACACCAACGGAACCUGUCUGCUGGCCAGCAUGGGGCUGCAGCUGAAUGUCACCUACAAGAACAAGGACGACAAGACUGUGACCAGAGUAUUCAAUAUCAACCCAAAUAAGACCCAAGUCAGUGGGAGCUGCACUACCCAGCUGGUGACCCUGGAGCUCCAGAGCGAGGGCAGCACUUCCCUAGUCUUCGGCUUUGGAAUGAAUUCAAGUUCUAGCCGUUUUUUCCUGCAUGAAAUCCAGUUGAACAUGACUCUUCUCGAUGCCAGAGAUCCCACCUUCAAGGCCUCCAACACUUCACUGAGAGCCCUUCAGGCCACCAUGGGGAAUUCCUACAAGUGUAACGCCGAGGAGCACAUUAGGGUCACAGAGACCUUUUCUGUGAACAUUUUCAAAGUGUGGGUCCAGGCUUUCCAGGUAGAAGGUGACAAGUUUGGGUCUGUGGAAGAAUGUCUGCUGGAUGAGAACAACAUGCUGAUCCCCAUUGCCGUGGGUGGUGCCCUGGCAGGGCUGGUCCUCAUUGUCCUCAUUGCCUACCUCAUCGGCAGGAAGAGGAGCCAUGCCGGCUACCAGACGAUUUAGCGUCGCCGUAGACCAGCGGAAGCUGCAGGGCCUCUGUUCAUUUCCCUGAGCUUAGAUUGAUGUUGAGGGAGGCACACUUUAUUGCAAACUGAUUUUCAGAUCUGCUUUAUCCAAUGUGAAGUUCAUCUUGCAACAUUUACUAUGCACAAAAGAGUAACUAUUGCAAUGACGGUGUUAAUUUUGCUAACUGGGGUUAAAUAUUUUGCUAACUGGUUAAACGUUAAUAUUUACCAAAGUAGAACUUUAAGGGGGGGAGGGUAAGAGUGUUUUUCUAAAUGGGCACUGGCUCCACUAUCAUUUGACUUUUUAAGGUUCUGGUGUUUGGUCUCUCUUCCUUCUUGACUCAGAUAUAAGCCUUACAAAGAGAAGUUCUCUGGUCUUAACACUUACAACUGGUGAAGGCUGGCUAACUGUUAGACUGACACAGUUAAUAAAACAGUAGAGAAAGAACUUUUUAAAACACAUACUUUAAAAGAUGAAACUCUGGAAUGCUUAAAUUAAGCUUUAGAAGCCAAGGCAGGCCUGGCCCCCACAGGCUGCACAGCUCAACACUCGAGCGAGCAUUAAAGCGAUUGGUCUUUCCGUGCUCUGCCACUCAAGAGCUGGCACUUUUUUAAAUAGAAAAAUGGGUGUUAUUUUUAUUUACUUUUUUUUUUUUGUAAAGUGAUUUUUGUCUUCUGUUUGAGGUUCAGGGUGAUCCUGUGUCUGCACUUGUGUACAAUAAUCGGUUUCACUCUCUGAUUUAUCCGCUUGCAGCUCAGAUGGGCUGUUCACUGAGGAUCCCUUCAUGUAACGCAUUGCCGUAACAAUGCUAAUAAAACGUCUCUUUCUUUC